AUGGUAGUGACUCCUAAGUUGGGAUCUCCAAUCGAAUUGCCAGUUCGAGGAGUCCCGCGGCAUAUGACACUACCCCAAACUCUAGACAUUCAGUCGGAUUUCGUGAAGUCUGGGUCCCCUUACGACCAGCUGAACCGCUUCUUCGUCGGCCUGUCACCGACCUGGGGACCCGUCAGCGCUAUCGAGUUUUCUGAAGGCGCCAACUUGGCCUAUGUCUACCAAGAACGGAUCGAAGAAAGGGACCUACAGGCCGAGGACUUCAAAGAAACAUCUCAUCCGAAUCUGGUUAACUUGAAAGAGGUAUUCAUUGCAAAACAGAGCGUCUUUUUCCUUUACGAUACCUGGGGUAUCUCCCUGGAGGAAAUUCAACAAUCAUCAUCAAAAUUUUGCUUGGGCGAGGUGGAGAUUGCAACUAUCUCAAAAGGGAUCCUGCAAGCUUUGAAGUACGUGCAUGAAGUGCUUGGGAUCUGCCAUGGGAAUGUCACACCUUCCACAGUCUUAAUCAACCAAGAGGGAAUAGUCAAACUGGCCGACGUCGGAAGCAGCCUGAUUAGGGAACCAAAGAGACAGCAGAAGAGCAAGGACCUUCAGGCUGUUUGCUCGAUAGCUUGCUCGCUCUUGAGACUGGACGAGACAUCUGCAAUUCGUGGGACAAUGGGACUGCUCGCAGAGGACUUCACCGGGUCCUCUGGGAGAGCAACCGCAGCGGACCUUCUAAAGGCCAGUAUGGGUCAAACACAGCCAUUUGACGAUCUUGAAACAAACCUGCCCGAGGCUGAAAGUGCUUCAGUCAUUGAGACUCGUUAUGUGCGCAUGCUUCUCGAGCUUGACUAUAUUCCAUGGUUCUACAACACCUCAGCUAGCGCUGCGCACUGGGCACUGCUUGCUGGAUAUCUGGUUAUUCCAGGAACAUUUACUUCUCUUCAGAAGUCCGACUUUCUCACGCAAGGUCUGGAAACAAACCGCACCGGAAAAGCCAUCCUCAGUACAAUCCAGAAUCCGCCCCUCCUUGCUAUUGCUUGCUUUUUGAUGGUUUUGGGCUCAGUAAUGAUUUCUUGGCUCACCUGGGAGCGGAGGGAGAAUUACAUAUGGCUCGUAAACCAGUUGUUUAUACCAGUCCUCCUGAAUGCGAUAGCUGGGCUACUCACCAGUUUCGUCAAUGUGUAUACAGCGCAAAAUGGUGAAUGGUCAAUAAUGGCUGUUGUGACGGUUGUCGUCACCGGGAUGUCUACGGCAGUCUCCUUGAGCUUGACAAUAAUAUACAAGUUUGGAAAGCUAGAGAGGGUGAAGAGAGAACAUGAGAUGGAAAUAAAGGCUGGCUUCCAUAUGGUUUCGCACAAGGCCAGCAAUUCAUCUACUGGGAAAGUGGGACCUGGCGAUCUAGAGAGAAUCAGUGGCUAG